UUUGUACAUCUCUAUUUUCCCUUUUGGUUGAAGCAAGAAUGUCAAGUGUCAUGAACCUAGAGUCCCAUCAUUUUAUUAUACUUCCAUUGAUUUUCAUGUUAUUUUAGUUGAAAUUCUGUUUCAUGCUUUCAGACUUAAUUGUGUCCAUUUAAUGUUUUGUAGCUGACAAACUGCUGAAUUUAGCUUAGUGAAGGUCACCAACUGAGCGCAGUUAAGCUUCUAAUGGUUAUUUUCUGUUGAUGUUGCUGGCAUGGAAAGCACCCUGGAAGAAUGCAAUUCAAGAUCACGCCUGGUGUCGGGAGAAAUGGACAGCAGCAGUUUCAUUCAGUUUGAUGUGCCCGAGCACAGCAGCACUGUCCUGAGCCAGCUAAACGAGCUCCGCCUGCAAGGGAAGCUAUGCGACAUCAUCGUCCACAUUCAGGGUCAGCCUUUCAGAGCCCACAAAGCCGUGCUCGCAGCCAGCUCCCCAUAUUUCCGGGACCAUUCAGCACUGAGCACUAUGAGCGGCUUGUCUAUAUCUGUGAUUAAGAACCCCAGCGUGUUUGAGCAAUUGCUCUCCUUCUGUUACACUGGAAGGAUGUCCUUGCAGCUGAAGGAUGUCGUCAGUUUUCUGACAGCGGCCAGCUUUCUUCAGAUGCAGUGUGUCAUCGACAAGUGCACGCAGAUCCUGGAGAGCAUCCACUCAAAGAUCAGUGUGGGAGAUGUUGACUCUGUCACCAUCGGAGCUGAAGAGAAUCCCGAGAGCCGGAAUGGGGUGAAAGAUGGCAGCUUCUUCGCCAAUCCUGUUGAGAUCUCCCCUCCGUAUUGCCCUCAGGUACGGCCGCCUCCAGUCAGCAGUGAUCUCCGGAUGGAGACGACGCCCAACAAAGCCUUGCGGAGCCGCUUACAGGAAGAGGGGCACUCAGAUCGGGGGAGCAGUGGGAGCGUGUCUGAGUACGAGAUUCAGAUUGAAGGGGACCAUGAGCAAGGGGACUUGCUGGUGAGGGAGAACCAGAUCACCGAGGUGAAAGUGAAGAUGGAAAAGUCUGACCGGCCCAGCUGUUCCGACAGCUCCUCCCUGGGUGACGAUGGCUACCAUACGGAGAUGGUUGAUGGGGAACAAGUUGUGGCUGUGAAUGUGGGCGCCUACGGCUCUGUGCUCCAGCAUGCGUACCCCUACUCGCAGGCAGCCUCCCAGCCUUCCAGUGUGCCAGAAGCCUUUGGAGGGCAGAGCAAUUCUAGCCCAUCCAGGUCCAUGCUGAGCUGCUUCCGAGGCCGUGGGGCCCGCCAGAAGCGGGCUCUGUCCGUUCACCUGCACAGUGACCUGCAGGGUGUGGUGCCAGGCUCUGACAGUGAAGCCACGAUGAACAAUCCUGGCUAUGAGAGCAGUCCCCGGGAGAGGAGUGCCAGGGGUUACUGGUACCCGUACAACGAGAGGUUGAUUUGUAUUUACUGUGGGAAGUCCUUUAACCAGAAGGGAAGCCUCGACAGGCACAUGCGACUGCAUAUGGGGAUCACCCCCUUUGUGUGCAAGUUCUGCGGCAAGAAGUACACACGCAAGGACCAGCUGGAGUACCACAUCCGGGGCCACACUGAUGACAAACCAUUCCGCUGCGAGGUCUGUGGGAAGUGCUUUCCAUUCCAGGGCACCCUCAACCAGCACUUGAGGAAAAACCACCCGGGUGUUACCGAGAUCAGGAGUCGCAUGGAGUCCCCGGAAAGAACAGAUGUGUACGUGGAACAGAAACUGGAAAGUGAUGCAUCAGCCUCAGAGAUGGCACUAGAUUCCCGCAUGGAAAUCCACACAGUAUCUGAUGCGCCCGACUAACGUGACAGCGAAGGAGUACCUGAACAAAGCACAUCAGUCAAUGCAUCGUUGUGAUUUGCUUUGUUGUAAUCUUUGCUUUUUCCCACCAGCUGGAAAUCUCUCGGUUUCUUGCUAGUCUCCCUGAAGGUUCUGGGUGGGGUACUUCUUGUGUUUACCCUCCCUCCCGUCCUUUUCCCUCCCCCAAGGAGCUCAAAGCAUGAAGGGCAGCGUAUCCAGGGAAAACGGGCUGACAGUAUUCCUCUUUGGCUGAACGUGUCUCCCAACUCUGCCAGUGAUUCAGUUAUGCCAACUGGUUGACCCUACUUUCUCUGCCAAAAGAGGCAGGCACUCUCACUGUGGGUGCUCACCCCAGUGCGUUUUCAUGGAGAGAGGCUAGGAUGCCGUCAGCUGGUACAAAUGGGUAACCUUUUCUAAUUUAAAAUUACUUUUAGGGGGUAGUUAGACAAUUUAUAUAUAUAUAUAAUAAAGUGGUUAUUAUAUAUAGUAUAUAUACAUUCUCAGAUUUGAGUUUAUUCUGGUUGAGGUGAAUGUAAGAGGAAUAUAUAAUUUAAUACAGUGUGAGCAGAGCCCGACUCUGUUUCAACCCCGCCUACUAUGUUAGUUUUAGCCCUUCGUUUCCCUUACAGAAGAAUGUCAGUUAGACUUUCAUAUAUAGUAAUCAUGUGUCCAAAUGCAAGCAAAGCAAGUCACAGUGUUCGUAGCUCUGCUUCCUAACAAACACAUAAACCAAAUGCCAUAAAAUUCCUUCAACUGUAGUGGGAAACCAUUUUGGAAUUUUUGUUCGUUGUCCAGGUAUACUGGACAGCCUGUGGUGCUGACCUUUCUACACAAUGUAGUGUUAUACUAGCCAACCCCAAAGGAGCAGUGGUUGUCAAGGUUUUUACUGGCCUACAAAUCUACCUUCAUUCCGUACUGUAGACGCAUACAUACCAGGUAACUACAUCCAGUUGCUCCGUCGGGAGGUAGCGCUCUCACUAAAGGACAGGAAUUUGUAGCAAUUGUCUACAAAAUUCUCCAAGCAGUGUUGUAGUUCUGUUGUUUUGUUUUCUUUCGGGUUUUUUCUCUCUCUCCUCAAACAGCCAGUUCAGGUGCACAACAACUUUUCUAUGCAGUUCCCAGGGAAACUGCAGAACUUGGAAUUUGUACUUUUUGUAACGCUAUACUCUACGGGAAUUGCAAGCAAUAUAUCUAUCUUAGUAUUGUGUGUGCUGAUGAGAGCCUCGUUGGCUCCCCGACUCUCAGUGUUUCCUGCUUCAAGAAAAAAGUCAAAACCCUCCAAGAUCCUCUGUGUGUCACCAACUGUGUGUGUGUCUCACCAUUUUUGGUCAUGUGGUGCUAUUGUUGUGUUAUGUAUUUUUUAGGUCAGUAUCCUCGAGAGAAUGUGAACCCUCCUGUAGUGAGGCCUUGGUUACUGUCCCCUGAGCUCAAGCAUGUGCUGCAAACAGGCUGCUGUCUGAGCUGCGUCUGCUCAGCGCUGUGGAGAAUGUCUGUCUGGUGUUACGUUCACGAACACCAACAGGCUUCACAGACAGCUCUGGUGACGUGGAUUCAGGUAGAGGGCAGUCUUGCAGCUGGUUGCCCGGAGA